GUCCAAAAACAAAAUUUAAAACGAUGGACGAGGACCUGUACUUGAAGCUGUGCCGCUUGUGUCUUAGCAAACCUGAGGGCGAACUUAAUUUUUUCAUCGACACAGAAACAAAAAGAGCUUUCAAAGAAGCCUUGUCAGAUAUUCAGUUGGAGGAAAAUUCUGAACUUUCAUCAAUUAUAUGUGAAUCCUGCAUGAGUUUAAUACAAAAAAUCAUCGAAUUUAAACAAAGUAUAAGAAAAAAUCAGGAUUUUCUGUUGAAUUUACUUCGAAAAAAUGAAGAAAACUCAAAAUUAGUACAGUUCGCUGAAGUAAAUUUGCCUGUUGAGACUGAUUUUAGUUUAAAAGCAGAAGAAAUCAACAAAGAAAGUUCAAAUGAAGACGAUUCCGACUAUCACGAAGACACAAAUCCCGAUUUAGAUGACGAUUCUGACACAAAUUCCCUUUCAGAAAGCGAAUAUGCUCGUCCCGAUCCCGAAUCUGAGCCAAAAUCGGACAAACUUCCGUUGCCGCCACUCGAAUUCGAAAAAGGAACUGACGCCGUUUGGUGUCCCUUUUGCUUUCAAAAGUUCAAAAAGAAAUAUUUCCUCUCAAAACACGGAAAUCUUCGUCAUCCGCAGUACAAUUGGGCAUUUCGCAAGCCAAAAUCCACGCGAACUCGUUGGACCUGCAAAUUCUGUGAUAAAUCCUUCACGCGACGCUUUCGCCUGAAGCAACAUGCUCAAAUUCUGCAUUUUGGACGUCAACCUUACACGUGCGACCUUUGCGGACACACUUCGCACCUCAAAAGCAGCAUUCGGGGUCACAUCGAAGGCAAACAUUUGCGAAAAAAUCGCGGAAAAGGCUUAAAAGAACCGCGAGACGCCGUAAUUUGUCGCUUGUGCAAUCACGUGAGCAGCAACAAGGAAGUCUACAAUCAGCACAUGCAGCGGCACGAAGCAUCAGAGGACCGGCCAUUCGCUUGCAAAAGAUGUUCCUUGUAUUUCCGGACUCAAAAGAGCUUCGACAAGCACAACCGACACUCGCAUCUCGUCGAAAACCUGCCAUUUCCGUGUAAUUUGUGCAUUUCUGCGAGAUUUGUCACCGAAGAAAUUUUAAAUAUCCAUCGGAAGUUGCAUGAAGUCGACGAAACAAAAAGAGCGAAAAAGCCUUUCGGAUGUGCGGCGUGCGAGUUGCGUUUCUGCAAGAAAUCCAUGUUGGAAAAUCACGUGAGGCACCACGAAAAGAACGAAUUGGACUCGUGUCAAGUGUGUGGCAUGACGUUACAUCGGAGCUCGAUGGCGGAUCACAUGGACAAGCACAAGACGAAACCGGAGGAGUUUAAGAACGUUUGUCAUCUCUGUGGACGCCGAUUUCGCGUUGAAUACAGUUUGAUGAAGCACCUGAAGACGCACGACGCUCCGCAAUUCUACGAAUGUGACAAAUGUGGCAAAACUAUCAAGAAAAAGUGCAAUUUUGUGAAUCACGUAAAGAAGUGCGACGGUCCUCAAACGGUGUUUUCGUGCAAAUUUUGCGCCCAAACGUUCCUUUCCAAGUCGGUCAAGUACAAACACGAGGACCGCGAACACAAAGGAUUCAGCUGUAAGCGAUGCAACAUGCGUUUCGACCGUUAUCAGGAUCUCAAAGUCCAUCGACGCACGUUGGAGCAUCGUCAAAAAGGAAAGUGGGGCAAAUUAACAGCUGCUGGCAUCGCCAAAUCCGACAAAAAUCCCUUAAUUUCUCAAUAAAAUUCCAUUUUA